AUGGAAAGAUUAGUAAUAAAACUAAGAGAAAGUAAUGCUUUUCCUAACCAUAAAUUUUUGGAAACCAUACUUGACAAAUAAUUCUGCUAAUUCUAAAGUUGGAAAGUUUCUUGUUAAAUGUAGUGUCAAAAUUUUACUUCAAGAAGAAAUAAUCUUAGGAAAAGAUUUUGAAUGCAUAGAGAGCCAUCAUGGCUGAAGAUGAUGGUGCAGAUGUUCAGCUAGGAGCUGCUGCUGAGGCAACUGUCAUGGCAUAUCAUGAGCUGGCAUUGGAUGCUGACAAGAGAUUACAUUUGGCUCUGGAUGAAACCUGCCUUCAGUUCCUCUCACUGGUCAUUGGCAAUGGAGACAACAAUCUGGCUUCUAAAUCCAUGGCUACUCUGGCUGCUCUGGCUGAGUCACCCGAGUGCCGUGCCCCAAUGGCUUCUACGUUUGGAGUCCUGCACAGCCUUAGGGCUUCUGUUGAGGAAGAUAAUGACCACACAGACGAGAUGAAGAGUAAAGCAGCUGAGCUCUUCACUUGCCUCAAUUUUGCGCUGUACCAACAAAGAGCUGCCAGAAGACGAUCAAAAAUGCCAUCUGAGGUGUCAGCUGAUCCUCCCUCUUCUGUUUCUGUUGAGACCAACUCUUGUGACAGUCACAUGGACAGCAGUAAAGUGGAUGCAGGGCCAUCUGGAAGUGUUGAGUCCUGUGAUAGCCGCAUUGAAAGCAGCGAACUGGAGGCCGGCAAAGUUGAUACUGAUGAUGUUGAUGGCAAAAAUGAUGGUAAAGCCAACAAGAAAGGGUCUAGAAAAGCAGUGACUGGAAAGGAAACGCAAACUGCUGACCCAAAAUAUGAUAAAGAUAACAAUAGAGGAUUAGUAAGAAGUGAGAGUGCAGAAAGUACUUGCUCUUCUGUCUCUAUGUCUUCCAGUAGUCAACCUUGCCAGAAGCUGCAAACCCCAGGAACUGAGGAGGCUGAUGGUCAGAGUAACAGCCGCCGCGGCAAGUACUACACUGACCCAAAAUUCCGCACUCGUCUCAUCACGCUGCACGUGCAAGGCAUGCAAACGCCGAGCGAGCGCGCAUGCGUAGAGGGAGCGCUGGUGCGGGUGCGCGGUGUCAUCUCGCUGGUGUUCGACAUGACACAGUCGCGCAUCGCGUGUCGCGUGCGUCGUGUGCUGGACCUCGCUAAGCUCGGUUCUGCCAUCGACAAACUCGACAUGAACAUGCAGCUGUUCCAAGUCGUUGCCAAAAACGUCAAUGAAGAGGUACGAAUCCCUCUCUCUAAAGCACCUGUUAAGAGUACUGAGGAAGCGAAGAAAGCCUCGUCACCGUCGCGUGACGACGAUGAUACCAGCGACGUUGAGCUCCCGGAAUAUCUGCCUGAAGAUGAGGACGACGAAUGCGCCGCCGUUGACGACCCAAGCUCCGCCGUCGCCAACACCGGCGCCGCUAUAAGAGAAGCCGCGUCCAGUCUCUUCUCGGCUGCUGCUUCGCUGCUCCAGCAAUCCUUUUAUUGGUGAAACGGUUUAUGUUUCUUGACGUAAGGUGAAACGGCUCUGUUUCUUGACUUGAGGUGAAACGGCUGUUUCUUGACGUGAGGUGAAACGUCUCUGUUUCUUGACGUGAGGUGAAACGGCUUUGUUUCUUAACGUGAGGUGAAACAUGCCGUCUCUUAACGAAAUGUGAAACGUGUCGUCUCUUGACGAGAUGUGAAACGUGUCGUCUCUUGACGAGAUGUGAAACGUGUCGUCUCUUGACGAGAUGUGAAACGUGUCGUCUCUUGACGAAAUGUGAAACGUGUCGUCUCUUGACGAGAGGUGAAUUCAUGCCGUCUCUUGACGAGAUGUGAAACGUGUCUCUUGAUGACGAAUGGUUAAAUGUCUCUGAAACGUCGAUCGCCCCUUCAAUUCAGGCGUUUCGCAGUCAUGUCCCUCUUGUGGUGAAAAGCCUUGUCUCCUUUGCAUUGAAAAGUUAAGAUUGUCCGUUCUUUGUUGAAAUCUUGACUUUUUUUGAUGUACAACUUCUUUCAA